GCCAGCGUAGAAACUUGCCGUCGCUAUGUGUUCUGGGAGUUGUAGUGGUUUUUGACUGGCUGACUUAAUUCGUGUGGUGGAGAGAUGAACUACAAUUCCCGGCAGCGACCGCUUCCCGAUGGCGCCGGACACUCGCAGUUUGUGAUUAUCGUGCUCUUUGGCGGCGGGAGCCUUUAGGAAGGAUCUAUGAGAUACCAAGAGUGCUGAAGCCGGGUCCCAGGGGAUGUUGUCUUCGAGUUGACCUUUGAAGAACUACAGUGGCUUUCUUCUUUAACCAGUUUCAAAAAUCAAAAUUAUCUGAUCUGUGCCUCCAUCCAUCAAGUUGGGGAAUGAAAUUCUAUUCUGUGCUGAAUGCUGCAACCUGCAGAGUAUUUCAGAACUCUUUCAAACAAUACUGGCAUGCUGCACAGAAUGAGCUGGUCUUCAAACACCACAGCUUUUCUACCUUCCCAUCUCUUAAUUGCCGGAGAAAGGAUGUCAGCAAAUAUGAACAAGUAGAUUGUAAGAAAUAUGCCUCCUUGGUCCGUUCUGUUGUCUCAACAAGUGUCAGCCCCCAGACCCCCAAGACCCUGCUUGAUGAGGAUAACUGCUUGUACGGACCAGUCACCAGAUCAAAACCGGCCAGUGCAGAUACAGAAUCUGAAAGCCCGCAAAAUCUGGCUCCGUUCCUGAACUUUGAACGCCAGAAUACUAAGUGUGAACCAGGGCCUGUGCUCAAACUAUCACUGCAGUUAAUGUCACAGGGGGAUCACUCGAAGGCCAGCUUGCCCAGUGUGACACACAUCUUGCAGUUGACCAUGAGUUUGGAGCAAGCGUUUUACUUGGAGCGAUGGAAACGGAGAAUGAUAACUGAGCUUGGCCAAGAUGGCUUCAAGGAGUAUUCUAAAAAUAUUCUCAAUCGAGGAAAGCUUUUCCAUUCUGCUUUGGAGGAGACCCUUCUCUCAACCAAAAUUCCAAAAACUGAUGAUGAAGAAAUUGCAGGGUAUUUGCAAAGUGUGCAGGGAAUCUUAGCAGACAUUACAGGAACUCGUGUCUUGGAGAGUGUUGUGAGUCAUCAGCCGUUACAGUACAUGGGGCUGGUAGACUGUGUUGCAGAAUAUCGGGACAAGUUAUGUGUUAUAGACUGGAAAACUUCUGAGAAGCCAAAGCCAUAUUUUCGAAACACCUUUGAUAACCCCCUUCAGGUGGCAGCAUAUGCUGGUGCCCUGAACCAUGAUGACAACUAUAACUUUCAGGUUGAGCGGGGACUGAUUGUGGUGGCUUACAAAGAUGGUUCACCUGCACAUGCUCACUUCAUGGACCGUGAACUGUUCCUCGCUUGCUGGAAGAAAUGGCUGCUUCGGCUGGAGAAAUACAAGGAGAAAAUUCAUGCUUCCGUGUGACUAGCUUGACAGUGUCGUGGGGUUGAAAGAGUACUGCAAUGCGAUACACUGACCUAGGUCCCAAAAACAUCCUGUGGAGCAAAGCAAUCUCCAGGCAUUUGUGCAGAGUUUAAUCGCCACUUGUAUCUUGAAGGGUGAGAGGAAGAUAGCUUGUUUUUACAGUGAAAUUGUAAGCAAGUGUCAUCUUAUUAUGUUAUGACAUCACAUUUUUUUGCGAAUGAACUGCCAUAUUUUCUUCAGCAAUGAUUACAUUUCAGAGUACCUAAUUGGGACAUCUUGAGGUCAUGAAUGAUGCUAUUUAAAUAGUUUGUUUUAUAACUGUUUAUGAUGUCACAGAUGACAAACUGUGGGAAAUCUGGUGUUGUUUAUAUCACCCUUCUUGGUAUGGAUGACUGCAUUUGUGAGGUUUCAUGACGUUGAUGAAGGCACGCUGAUUUGCAAAUCUCAUCCCUGUCACAAUUGUUACUCUCCGUGGAACUCCACCAAAUAAGCUGUUAUCAAAGUAACACAGAAUUGGAGUGAAUACACUGGACUGAGACAGAAAUACUUGUAAUCUAAGAACUCCCCUGCCAUUUGAUGAAAAAUCUACCCUGUGUAAAUGGGUCAUGUGAAGAAUCAGCCUUUAUAAUUGUGCAGCUGUAAGGCAGCACUUUCAACCAUGCCAGAAAUUUUGUUUUAUCUGGAUGGAGUGUACAGUAUUUCAACUGCUACGUUUUGUUAAAUGAAACAUGUAUAUCUUAAAAUGUAUUUAUCUACCAAUCAUUUGGAGUAUCCCUAUAUCCGUACUAUGUCGUAAAUCUUUCAAUGGAAGCAAGGACUUAAUAAAUGUGAGA